CUAACAUUCUUCAUAAGACAUUUCUACCCAAAUCUUGUUCUGUUCUCUCCACAUCUAUUCAUAUUCAACUCCAAUUCUCUUUGAUUCUUUCAUUCAUUGACACAAAACACAAACUUUACUUAAUGGGUUACCUCAAUCUCUCUUGCAAAGCUGAAUCCUCAAUCUCAACCUCAAACUCUACAUCAUCAACAUCUUCAAAACCAAAAGACAAAGAAGAAAAAACCAUCAAGAUCCAACAGUUUCAAUACAGUGACCUUGAAGCUGCAACAAACGGUUUCUCAGACCAAAAACUUCUCGGCAAAGGAAGCCAUGGUUAUGUCUACAAAGCCAUUCUUCGUGGUCGUCCUGUAGCUGUCAAAAGACCAUCAAGACCUCACCAUCAUCAUCACAAACCCAUUUCAUCAUCUUCACCAGAAAUCACCAAUGAAGUCGAUAAUGAAAUCGAUAUUUUGUCGAAAAUUCAUAGCCCCAGGUUGGUUAAUUUGGUUGGUUUCACCAAUGAUGGUUCAAAAGAUAGACUUUUGGUUGUUGAGUUUAUGAGUAAUGGUACACUUUUUGAUGUUCUUCAUUCUAAUUCUUCUAGAACAGUUAAUUGGGGUAGAAGAAUUCGUUUAGCUUUACAAACUGCUAAAGCUAUUGAUACACUUCAUUCAUCAAACCCACCUGUUAUUCAUAGAGAUAUUAAAUCUGCUAAUGUUCUUAUUGAUCAAAAUUUUAAUGCUAGGUUAGGUGAUUUUGGUUUAGCAUUAAGGGGUCAUGAUAGGAUAAGGUCAACUCCACCAGCUGGUACUAUGGGCUAUCUUGAUCCUUGUUAUGUAACACCUGAUAAUUUGAGUACUAAAAUUGAUGUUUUUAGUUUUGGGAUUUUGUUGUUGGAGAUUAUAAGUGGAAGGAAAGCAAUUGAUGUUGCAUAUUCACCACCAUCUGUUGUGGAUUGGGCUAUUCCACUUAUUAAAAAGGGUAAAGUUUUUGCUGUUUAUGAUCCUAGAAUUGCUCCUAUUAAGGAUGUUUUUGUGAGAAAACAAUUGGCUUUGAUCGCGGCGAAAUGUGUUAGGUCUUGUAGGGAGAGAAGGCCUUCUAUGAAUGAGGUUGUUAAUUGGCUUUGUGGGUUGUGUAAAUUGGUUCCUCUUCAUUCAUGGAAUGGUUUUAAUAACCCUUGUAUGAUGGUUGAAACUGUUGGACGCCCGGUCGAAGCGGGGAAUGGACGGGUUUUUGGGUCGAGGUUUGAAGGUGUUGUGGAAGAAGGGAAUUUCGAUGGUUUGGAUGCUAGGUUGUCCAAGUCGGCCUUGAGAUAUUCAAGGAGAGUGUAUUCAGAUUUAGGGUUUAGCAGUAACUUGAUGGAUCUUAUGGCUAGUACAGCCGAGGAGGCGGAAUUUCAAAGAGAUGGUGAUGGAGUUGAACAUAGUAGUUCUUCUAAAUCAUGCGAACAAGUUUCUAGUUCAAGAUUUGGUAGUGGAAGAUAUUUCACAAGAGGAAAAAAUCUUUACAGGCCUUGUGGUACUGAUAAGGAUGCUUUCGGACUGAGUAAAGAUCAUAUUGUCGGGGAGAAUUCUUCGAAACGGGAUGAGGUUUCUGGAUCGACAUUGAAUUCUUUUGCAACCGAGGUUAUCUAGUUAUUGCAAAAAAACAUUUGAUGGUCCGGGUGAUGCUUAGGGUUGUAAGCUUUCCUUGCUUGCAAAAAUUAUACUUGUGUAGAUUAGAUUUGUUGUUGUGUGUUCAUUAUUUGUGGAUUUCAGAAUUGACAUGUUCAUUUAGUGGUAGGUAUUUGGAUUGAAGGGCACAUUGCUGAUGUACCCUUAAAACUGUUCAAAAAUCUUCUUUGUCAAAGGUUUUGUUUUCCUUCUUUUUCACCUCAAUAACAAAUGCAAAAGCCAAUGUAUGAUUCAUGAACACAUUAUGUUGUUAUCUUACACAUACAUGAAGCUGCAGCUGAAAAAUUGUAAAAAACUUUUCAAUUCGUUCAUAGUUGAAUGACUUGUUUGUAUGUAGCUCAAAUUAUUUUUCGAACCAUUGUACUGUUGUGGUCCUUUUUGUUAUUGGCCAUUCAAAUUGGUAGUUUCUUUGUUA